AUUAUAGUCGCCGAUGACUGUAGUUCACAGCUUAUUGGUCCUUCAUACAUACGAUAAAUGGAUUGUCGUUGGGAGAGAGCUAGUGACUAAGAUCCCAAUCAACUGCAAUUGAUGGUGCAAGUACACUGUUCUUGAUACGUCCAGCUGCAUACAGCCUGCAUGAGGCUGUGUAAUUCCACAUCGGAUCCCUCGAAUGACCCCGACUUCCGGUUGCCACGUUAUCCACGAACAGAACUAUUCAGUCCAUGCUUUCGAAGUGCUAGUACCGACACAUAUGGUCGGCCAUUCUACAUACUAUGCGGUUGAUCAAUGUCACUACGAAGACCCUCGAGAACUUCGAUGAUGACACGAAACCGAUACCUCCCUACGCAAUUUUAUCCCAUACAUGGGGACCAGAUCAUGAGGAGAUAUCGUAUCAAGAACUUCAAAAUGGCGCGGUAAAAAAGGGCCUGGGGAAGUACAAGUUCGACAAGUGCUGCGCUGAGGCUACCCACGAUGGUCUCUCAUACGCUUGGAUCGACACCUGCUGCAUCGACAAGACGAACUCGGCGGAGCUCAGUGAAGCAAUUAACAGCAUGUUUAAAUGGUACAAGGAUGCCCAAGUCUGCUACGCGUACCUCUGCGACGUUGACGAAUACCCCUCAAAACCCCAAACCAACUUCCGUAAGAGCCGAUGGUUUCAGCGGGGCUGGACUCUGCAAGAGCUUAUCGCCCCUAAAAUCGUACACUUUUUCGACAGAAAGUGGAAUCAUUUAGGACAAAAACGUGAUCUUUCACUCACAUUGGUUGAGGUCACCAAGAUCCCUCGGGUGUUUCUACUGGGCAUCAUCCCGCUGCACGAGGCCAGUGUAGCACAGCGUAUGUCUUGGGCGUCCGAUCGUGUCACGAAACGCAAAGAGGAUCUGGCUUACUGUCUACUUGGAAUAUUUGGCAUUACCAUGCCAAUGAUCUAUGGUGAAGGGGACCAGGCGUUUAUUCGACUCCAGGAAGAGAUUACAAGGCACAUCAACGAUGACUCUAUCCUCGCCUGGAAUUUCCAAAAUCCCGGUUCCAUUGUAAAGUCAACAGUGGAAGAAGCUUCUGGCUGUGCCUUGGCCUCGAGUCCUUCAAGCUUUGCAAACAGUAGUCAUAUCGUACCUUGUGGUCCCAAAGGCAUUCCCUUGAGGCCGCUGCAAACACUAGGUGGCUGCUUGCUGUUACAACGUCCCCUGCACACAGACUCACAUGGCCAGUGCUUCGUCGUUCUCGAAUGCCAACUCGACUAUCAGGCGGAUCAGGCUAUUGGGAUACCAGUCCAGAACAGACCUGUAGGCUACGACGACUACAUAAGACUGCAUGAACAUCCGUCUGUUUUGCUACCUAGGUACAUACCUGAAUACAGCCCUUAUGACGACCCCGGUGACAUUCGGAUUCUAAAUAAUCGAUUCGGGACUCACCAUGACGAGAAUUCUCACAGUUUCUAUAUCGAAAAUGCCCUCGAAAACAAUCUGAAGCUUAUACGAGUAACUCCUCGUAGCAGCUGGGACCGUGAGAGAGACAUACUCAUUCCCAACGAAGAGACGAGGUACGGCCAAUCUCAUCGCCUCUGGUUGAAGUUCCAGCAUCAGCAGAAUGGGGCAGAAGACUUUGUUCUCAUUCUCGAACUUAUACUCAUGCAAAUAUAUCAGCCUGAGGUCAGGUAUCAUGUUAUGACAUGUGACAAGGGAGCAGACCUGUCUGCAAUCAAGCGGGACUUUUCCCAUUUUAGCUUGCUCAAUCUCAAUAAGCAUUCGGCCAGUAACGGUAUCCUGGGCUUGAAGGCAACUGUCUCACGACAGAAAGUUGGGAAGAAGGACUUAUUCGUCGUGAGACUAUUGCCAAGUAAGAACAACCCCGACACAUACAACGUGACGCGUGUGCUUCAGAGCCUCACACACGAGCAUUUAACCAGAGUCGAGGAAAUUCGGCGCCUCAAAUCACGCUUCGAGCCUCUAGCUCGUAGGGCAGAGACUAAAGGGGAAGGGCAUAAUUCUCGGAAAGCGGAUUCCCUACUGCCAAAAGACAAAACUACAACUUUAAAUAGAAGGCUAUCAAACAUAACAUUGAGAGCGGGAGCAGGAGGCAGAGAGAUAGGUCUCACCCAGCCGAACAUAUCGAAAGAAUUGUGCAACGUUCUCCCUUCGAAAACAAGAGCACCACAAGUACCCUUUGAUGAGCAUUUUGUUGAGAGAGCCGAGAAGAUGACGGAUAAGAUGUUAAAACGAGUUCCUUUCGACGAGCAGCAUAAGUACAACUCGGAGCCAGACCCGGUGAACAAAUUCUCGUUGGUAGCGGCAAGGAUAGGCGAAGCAAUCCCCUUUCGCCAGCUCGCCAAGAAGGCCACCAACGUCCAUAUCGCGGCAGCAGACAAAAGUAAUCUACUCACAUCUGCAGUGCUGGGUAGGAACAGGCGAAACGUACAGGUGCUUCUUUCACUGGGCGUGGGCGUCGAGGAAGUCAACGCAACAGGCUAUUCCGCGCUACACUAUGCAUGUAUGCGAGGCCCUGUCGAUAUUGUGCGACUCCUACUCGAACAUGGUGCGAACAUAGAGAAGAAGAAUAUGCGGGAGUGGACGCCACUGAUGCUGGCAGCGUCCCACGGUGAAGCUGAAAUAGUUCAAGAGUUGGUCGACAGGGGUGCAAAUAUUUACGCGGUGUCCAGGACGAAACAAACGGCGCUCAUGAAAGCGGCAGGAUGCGGGCAUAACACCGUGGUUAAAAAGUUGAUCAAAUACAAGGCUACUAUCAAAGCGAAAGACAACCUGGGUAGAACAGCGUUGUUUCACGCCGCUGAGAAAGGGCAUUGUGGCAUUGUAGAGACAUUGAUCAAGGACGGGGCUAAUUUGGAGGCAAUGGAUUACAAGGGUACCACAGCUUUGAUGCUAGCAGCGUAUCUCGGACAAGAUGCUGUGGUAACUGUCCUGAUCGAGAACGGGGCUGAAAUCGAGAAGGAGGGCGUGCUGACGGCGCGAGCCUGUGCAAUGUUUGGAGGACACUCGAGCACCGUCAACCUUCUCGAUAACUUGGGUUCUAACGGCAAUGGCCAACGAGUACCGGUUGGGUUUAGUGAUAAGGCUACAUAUGGUGAUGAGAGCAGUUAACCAUGGGAGAAUCUUAGUGCAAACAAGGGGGGCGUCUGGUAUCAGAAUUUCGGGGUUUACCGUACAUAACUUUGUGAUAGCUACGAAUCGUGCCUUAACUAUGGUCUGGUGCUAGUAAAAGUAAUCUAGUCAGGCCGCUCUUGGCAAGCUAGUCUUAUUCGGUCUAACUUCCCCUUUUCGACUAUAUUUACCCUACACUAUAUCACAUAACGACCGAUGCGUAGUGUUAAUAAAGCAAUAAAAAGGGCAAACAAGCCAACCGGCUUAAAGAGUACAACAUAGCUGACACAGACUAAAUAUUUUUAACGUAAGAUCUAUUAUGGUACUGUGG